GUCUGUGUAGGAGGGUUGUUGACAUUUAUUAACAUCAAUGAACGGCGGUUAAUUACCCUUUAACAACUAAUAAGAAUAAAGCGCAGUGGGAGAAGUGCGUUUCCAAAAGCUUGCCCAUCCCUUACCCUUGAUAAUUGGGUUAGUCUAAGCAUUGAUGAAGAAUUGUUUGCAAAAUCAAUAGUUCUUAAGGAAAUAUGGGUCGUGUUUGUUUACAUUUUGCAGUCAGAGUGAAAUGCAAGCAAGCAGUUUUGUCUUAUGACAUGACCCGUGGUUUUGGGAAGAGCAGAGGCCAGGAAUGAAGAACAUAUUGACUGUGAGCCCUGUGUGACAUCAUGAAUGACCUCAUCUCAAUGGAAAUGUCGACGUUUACUUCAGGUGCAAUGGAGACGACUGAAGCAGUGAUGAUGGGGGGUGAGGAAGAUCUUCAUAGCCCCAUAGAGAAAGUUUCUGACAACACAACAAAUUACAUUCAAAAUGUUAUUGAUGACUUUCAAAAUCCAGAUUUGGGCUACCUAGUGCUGUCACUAUUGAUAGCUAUAACAUGGUCAAUAUACAUAAUUCUCUUCAACUCACGUGUACAAGGUCGCAUCCUAACUGCUAUUCUAAGGAGAUUCUUCAAGACUGGAGACCUUGUUAUUGGCUCCUUCUCAUUAUCUGUAUUGUCUGGGAAGAUUAUGUUUAGAAAUGUAGUGUACGUGACAGAAGACUACAGCUUCAGAGUUGUUGAUGGAAUACUUAAAUUUCAUUAUUGGCUUCCUUAUGUCAAGAGAGAAUUGUCAGAAGAUAUGUCCCAUUGUGAUCACCGAGUUUGGCUGGAGCUAAAUGGGCCUGAACUACACAUCUACAAUCGCUCUCAGCUGUACUCCAAGCUAGAGAAAACCUUUGGUCUUGAGCAGCUGUUGAUGAGUGGAGGAGGGAAGACAGGCAAGACAGAUGAGGAGGCUGAGAUUGAAGUUGCUCAGACCCAGGCAAAGGAUAUGAGUUUUUGGCAGGACUGGCGAGAUCUCAUUCCAGUCAUAAAGAUUGACCUUAACAUGGCACGCUUUGUUUUUGGCAAUCGUCUUGUGGCAUCAACUCUCAUCCUAACUACAGAUAAAGCUGAAUGUUGUUAUUCAACUAAACAAGCAGCUUGUUCGCUUGAUCACUUUAUGCAUGUUGUGAAGUCAAAGGCAGAAAAUUUCAGGGUAAUUCUUGCUCCCAGUCCAAAAUACACAGGUGUUCUGGAUGAGCCCCCAAGAUAUAUGGGUGAAGGCUUUGUUGUCAUGUCAUCCAGUCUAGUCAAUUUCUAUCACUACAUGGAUGAGCCAGGAGUUGUACCAGAGCAUCCGCAGACAAUGCGUUUGCCAAAUGGAGAUGAAGUAUCAGCUUCAGCCCCUGUCUGGGGGCUGGAUAUUAAAUGUGCAAAGGGAACCAACUUGAGCUAUGGGCCUUGGGCUGACCGGCAAAGAGAACAGCUCUUCCGCUUCUUCUUUCCACAAGAUUACCAGACAAUGCAGGUAAAUAAAGGUCCAGUGCCUGGGGAGGUGCGUCAAGUGCAGCAGUUUGAUAUUCGCUUGAGUAUCUUGUCAGAGGCGACAAUUGAUAUUCUUUUUUCAAAGGAAAAGGAAACAAAUGCAGUGCACAUGAACGUUCAGCGUGGAUCCUAUUUUGAGAUGACUCUGCCUUGGACUGUUGGCAAAGAUGGUUAUACCACAAAGAUUAAUGGUUCAGCUCUUCCAUCCUACGCUCAGCCUUCUGGAAGCAGAGUCCUCGUUACCUGCAUUAAUAUUCCCGUAUCUCAGCAGCCGGAUCUGGAACUCUCAGAUCAGACCCAUUGGGACUCUGCAAUCUCAACUAGCUCAGCAAGGGCUACUUACCACCUUUCGCUUCUCAUUUCGCUCACAGAUGCCAGUUCUAUCCAAGAUUUGAUUGAAGAUUGGUCCUCCAGAGCUCCACCUGACCUCCUUCAUUUUGUUCCAUAUACAUGGAACUUCUGCUUAAGGCUUCAUCAGUUUGAGUUGAUUACCUUAGCAAAUGGUUAUAACUGGGUUGACUGCUCUUCUCAACACCAGGCAAAUGCUCACGUUGCCUUCUGUGGGGACUUAUUUGAACUGAAGUUUACCCUUCCAUUUGUAGACUUCUUGCCAGAAACAGUUACCCUCAAGUUUCUCAUGCUAGCCGAGACAGUUGAUCUAAGCUUAUAUCUACCUCCAUCAAAUACUUCACGAAAUAUCAUUGCUUCUUUGGACCGCAAUGCUAAGUUAGUUGAUCCAGAAGGAAGACCACAACAGCCCUUCACAAAUGAUAAAUGGAGAAAGUUUUGUAAACUUAGUGCUGGUUGGAUUGAUUGCUGGCAUGUUCUUGAACUGCAGCUAAAUAUUGGGUACAUUUAUCAUCCAGUCCCACCGCUUGGGCCAUCACCUCAGGCCAAUGUCUCUACACCAGAAAAGGAAGAGCUGCUGUUGUCACCCAUCCGAGCACCAAACAGGAAAAAAUCUCCAAUGGAAAUCAAAAGUAUACCUCGAGAAUAUUUGAUCCAACUUCAAUGA